GCCGCUGACGGCCACCGAGAACUUCAUUGACUGUGACUUGCUGGGUGGACGAACGAACGUCUCAGAGUGGUGUCCCUGAUUGUGUUCCUACUGCUGCUAGAAUAGUACUGGUCGAUCUGAGUGUGAACUUGUUCGCUGCUGUGUAGCUAAGCAGCCUCGGUCGAGGACAACUACGCGCGCGGCACACUUACCAGCGAUGUCGAACGAUGUACAGCUCGACGCGGCUCUGGAUCUGAUGCGACGUCUUCCACCGCAGAGGAUCGAUCAGAGCCUAAACGACCUGGUGGAUCUUGUCCCUGGCCUCACUGAGGAGCUUCUGACGUCCAUUGAUCAGCCACUCAAAGUUGCACGUUGCUCCGUCACGGGAAAAGAUUAUCUCCUUUGCGACUACAAUCGCGAUGGUGAUUCGUACAGGUCCCCUUGGAGCAACAAGUACGAGCCGCCGAUCGAAGAUGGCGCCAUGCCCACAGAUCGCCUGAGGGAUCUUGAAGAACAGGCUAAUAGGGUAUUUGAACAAUACAAACAGCUGUACUAUGAAGGUGGCGUAUCCUCUGUUUACCUAUGGGAGCUCGGAAGUAACGGGUUUGCUGGCGUUGUCCUUAUCAAAAAAGGAGGUGAUACGUCCGGGAAAAUCCAAGGAUCGUGGGAUUCAAUUCACGUAGUCGAGGUACAGGAAAAAUCAUCAGGGAAGAACGCUCACUACAAACUGACGUCAACGGUAAUGCUCUGGUUAUGCACAAGGUUUCCGGACUCCGGCACAAUAUCGCUCGGAGGGUCACUCAUGAGACAAUUUGAGCAGGAUUGGACAGUGUCAGAGGUGACUCCACACAUUAUUAACAUUGGAAAGAUGGUCGAGGAGGCAGAAAACAAAAUUAAGGCUUCCUUGAGCGAAAUUUACUUCAGCAAGACCCUCAAUGUUGUCAACGGGCUUCGGUCUCAAACCGGCAUCAUCGAUGAUCAGAAGAGGGCUGAGCACCUUAAGGCGCUAGAGAAGGCAAUCACUAACCGUACGAAACAGAGUCAGCCUGCAGACAGCAGCUGAUUGAUGCGACGCGAGAGGCCCAACUCACUCGCCGUGCCCUAACGAACCUAAUACGGCAACAGCAGUAACAACUAUCUAAAAUGAUGAUCGACGAUUGUUCCCACCUAUGUCAGCUACGCACAGCCAAGCAGUCCACCGAGAUUAUGCUUUAACAGCGUAAGGCCCCAAACAAAGCCGCGCGCGCUAGUUAGUAACUGACGUAUACCCGAUGACAAUGAAAAUGUAAACAAGAACGCUACCUGGAGGCCUAGAUAGUCGCUGGAAAUUGAAUUAAGAAUUUGCCGAACUUACCGGGGAUUGCUCGUCAGUCAUGCAGUAAAACGGCAUUGCUUUUCCACUGUGGAGGCUGUUUUGAUGAUGAUGACGAUAACUACGGAAUGAGACCGUUGUCGUUUAUGUUGGCCGAGUCCAUACGUGCGUCCGUGAAUAAUUAGAAAAAGAUAUCUAUCUUGUGUAGCAAUAUCUGCAGUAACAGUAACAACGACAUCAAAGCGUCACGAUCAUCCGUAAAUCGGCGCAGAUAAAGACGAGAAAAAUCGUACAUUUUUUGCAUCUCGCUGUUUGUAGACAUGACGACGAUGAUGACGAGCGUGUUGCCUCAUUUUUUUUCGUUUUUCCUUCUAUCUGGCAACAAACAAGUAAGGGAUAUUGUAGGAGACAAUAGGCGAAAACAUUACGACGCUUGCUGGAAGCGUACCUCGACAGAUCGAAACCGAAUAUAAUAGAUCUGAAUCAUAUGUAUUUAAUUAUUGCUGUUCAUGACUUUUCUCAUGGUAGAAACCAUAAUGGCACGAUAAUUUCAUAACUUAUGGAAGCUUUGUAGACAAAACGUACGAAUGAUGAUUCACUUGAAGAACAAGACAAAAUCAUCGGAGGCAGAUAGACAGCGCGUAAGAAGUGGUAUUGCCAAGAACAACGAUUUUGCUCGUAUAGUAUACAAAUUGCCGUGACGGGACGCAAAAAAAAUCGCUAACAGCUUAGCUUAUUUAUUAAGAAGAUAUUAUAAGAUAAGAUCGUACUAUGUAGCGCUCACGUGGAGCUAUCGAAAAUUACCUCGCAAGCACAAACUGCUUAUAUAGGACUGAAAAACAACAUCAAUGAUUGCUCCUACAAUUUGAUGGAUAACAAAGAACAAUGUUAACAUUAUCAAUACUGAUAGAUAUAAAUAUUAUAUAUGAAUAUACUUGGCUGAACAUGAUUCUGAUGAAAAACGUAAUUGAGAAGAAUGGGAUAAUUGUCGACCAACUGGUGUUAUACAGAGGGAAUGAUACGAUUAAAUGAAUACAACGCAUCGUGAUGAUUGGAUUUAAAAAGAUAUGAUUCAUGGUUCGUUUGUAAUGAAGAUAUCUUAAAAACGUUGUGCUUCUACUGGUGUUGACUUUGCCAGAUAAACAGCAACGCUAAGAGAAUGUCUUCGAAAUACCGAAUAUUGAUCUGCAAGAAGGUAUACUAAUGAUCGAAGAACAGCGGCAGAAUUUCGACGAGGCUCUCUGCAAGAAAGAAAGAAGAUUACCGGAGAGAUAGCAUCUAAGCGAAUCGGAAUAUUCUUUAUGGUAUAGGAGGAGCGUAAGGAAACAAAUGCGAAAAUUACUGCGACACAGAGAAAAAUCAUUGUAGAAAUUGAUGAAUUAAGCCAUAGUACUUAGAUAAUUCGGGUUUGCGAAACUGUGACAGCGGAGAAAUAAAGUAGAAGGAAUCUACUUUUUGCUAUUGUAGCCUCGUUUCGAUUGUCUGUGAUGACCAGACGAGAAAUACAAGAUAGGUGCAAAGGCGUACGUUCAUUUUUGCUGGCAUCGUAACAUUAUUAGCCGCAGCAGAACUAGCGAUUCUGACGAGAAGCAUUGAAAAACGCACAUACAUACACAUAUAAGAACCCCAAAAAACGUGACAAAAAAAUACUGCAAAAUACUAGCAGACUUUUUAUCGGUAUUUGACAAGGACUAUUAAUAAUGCACAUCUUUUACAAAAUUGAGAAACUGAUGCUUACCCGCACUAUGCUGGGAAAACGUUAUUCGACCUGUAAAAUAACACCUUACGUACUACUGUUAAAUUGCGAAAUGCCUUGUGGAUCACACUGAGCACAAAAGUAAACAACAACGAAAAAUACAAUAUGGAGGUCAAACGAUAUAAAAAUUAAGGGACGGACGAGCUCGCGCACGCAUAAAAAAAAUACGGAUAGUACAGAGGUACAGCAAUAAGAAAAAAACCUUUGCAAUUAAUACUGCACUACGGCAGGUGUAUAUGGCCGUCUUCUGGCAAUGUUAUCUUUUUUUAAAAAUUGCAGUUUUUUUAAAACUGCAAUUAUCAGUCUCAAGCAACUGCUGCAUGUCAUUGCGAACGCUUCAGAAGACUUACUCUCCGUGGAGGCGAAUUUUUCGCGAAAGUAGGGGUAGGCAAUAAUUCAACCGAAUGCUAUAAUGGAUUGUCGAGCCAAUAAAAAAACAUGCAGCUCGCUAGUUUUCACUUCGGGUUGCGCGAAUUUAUACAAAACUUCUAGAAAUACAUAAAUAGAAAUUGCUGAUGAGAGCUUUAAAAACGUGCGAGAGUACUUUCAAAAACGUCAGAGGAACCGGGCACUUCAUACAAAAAACACCUUAGUCUCUUCCAGUAACGCCUUUUCGGGGAUAAAAGAAUACUAGUGAAGUAUUCUGGAAUUUGAAAUACUAAUUUGGCAUCAUCAAGAGUAUAAAAAAUAUAAAUGCUGACCAAACAGAUGUCUAGAUGCGGCAGAUGUCGCCGGACAGCAUAGAAUUUCGAUGACUGGAAUUCAAGGAUGAAAAGGGGAAAGAAUAUGUCUGUAUAUAAACAUCAUAGUGGAAG